UCGCGGAAAAAUAAGUGAGCGAUGUUGCUUCGCGUGAUUCCUGUGGUCGCUCUCGCGAUCGUCUCCGUCGCUGGGGGGCCGGCGAACCCACGCGAUGCACCGGUAUUCCCUCCAGCCUACGCGGCGAGCGGCUAUAUCCUGUUGCCGUACUGCGAACUGAGGGAACCCUUCACCGCCUAUUACGAUAAGACCGCCGGAAAGUCCCGCAUCGAUUACUAUGGAGGCGAGAUGAAAACCUUCCAGAUCGCGGGGGAGACGGGAGGCUCCUACAAGGUGGUCUGGUCCCCCAACAACGAAACGCAUGUCCCAGAGCAGAACUGCUACGCAGCGGGUCCGGCGGCGCCACAAGGCAUUCUACCCGACCUAAGUGACUUCAAGUUCGUUCGCACCGAGUCCUGCUUCACCGAUACGUCAACCCUAUUGAACACAUUGCUCUCUAACGCCGCCAAAUGUUAUCGUUACGAGAACACGGUACAGAAAUACGAUCGCGUUUCGAAAUAUGUCUUCUGGGCCAAUCAGGAUGGAGAUAACAACGUGAUCCCUGUACGCUACAUGAUGAUGGGAUACGAUUCGUUGCUCGGAUCCCACUUCGAUAAAUAUGAGGUCAUCUACGACGACUACACCCCCGGUCCUGUCGAUGGGGACGUUUUCGACGUCACUUCCGUGAUCGAUAAGCCGUGCACCGAUUUCCCUUCACCUCCCGGACAAUCCGUAUCGCAUCUCUUCAAUCCAAUGAAGGAAUUCGUGCAUCACGACGAUUCUCACGUCGAUGAGCAUUUCUCCAACUUCAAGAACGAACACGGCAAGUCCUACGAGCACCCGACCGAGGAACGAGAGCGACGUCACAACUUCCAUCAUAACAUGCGCUUCGUGAACUCGAUGAACCGAAGGAAUCUCUCCUUCGCUCUCAAGCUCAACAACCGCGCAGAUUGGAAUCAGGGCGAGUUCAAGCUGUUGAGAGGUCGUCUGCAGUCCACCAACGUCAAGUCGAGCGCAGAAGAUUUCCCGAAAGAGAAGUUUGAGCACCGAACCGUUCCCGAUUACGUCGAUUGGCGUCUCGAAGGAGCUGUGACUCCGGUCAAGGAUCAGGCCAUCUGCGGUUCGUGUUGGAGCUUCGGAACCGUGGGUCACAUCGAGGGACAGUAUUUCCUCAAGCACGGAGAGCUGGUCCGAUUCGCGGAGCAACAGCUAGUCGAUUGCUCUUGGACAUCCGGAAACGACGCGUGCGACGGUGGUUUGGACUACGUCGCCUACGACUAUAUCAAGAAAUACGGUCUGUCGUCUGAUGCUCAGUACGGCCCCUACCGCGGAAUCGAUGGCAAGUGCAAAGACGUAGAAAUCGAGAAUAAACCCAUCACGACCAUCCAACGUUACUAUAACAUCUCGGGAGUGGAGAACCUGCGCAAAGCCAUUGCCUUCGUCGGACCCAUCUCUGUGGCAAUCGAUGCUUCGAGACCUUCCCUGAGUUUCUAUGCGCACGGGGUCUACGAGGACCCUGACUGUAGUUCCACCGAGCUCGAUCACGCAGUACUCGCAGUCGGGUACGGAGUGCUCCACGGGAAGCCCUACUGGCUCAUCAAGAAUUCGUGGUCCACCUACUGGGGAAACGAUGGGUACAUCCUAAUAUCUCAGAAGGACAACAUGUGCGGCGUGGCGUCUACGCCAACCUACGUCGAAUUGUAGAAUCCUUGCUGGAAAUUUCAAUCCUGAUCAAAGUCCAAUCGAAUGGUGGUGUCGGAUCCACUUCCAAGGAGUUAGAGCAUCUUCGAGAACAAUUCAAGUUUUCGACAUUUUCAAAUUUAAUAAAUAGCGAUUUAUUACCGUACCAAGU